AAAUCACAGUGUCUGCAUUUAAUAAUGCAAUAACUAACAAGAAGCACAUAUUCUUAUGGCUCCACAUGUACUGAGAUGUUCCAUAAUGCUUCUAGUCUUUUUUCACAACACAGUUCUUUUCCUGUUCUCAGUUUAUGUUAUAGAUUUUGUAACUUUGACACAGUGGGCUCUGUUUUCAGAUCACAGACCACUGCGCCCUGCCUAGUGCUUUUUGGUACACUUUUGAGAAUUUUGUGGGCAGGCACGCAUAAUACACCUGUGGCACUCUUGGUUACGGGGUGGGAUCAGAGUAUACAUGAUCAUGCAUUAUAGGCUGUGACAAUUAUCACACUUCAAUCCCAUUUAAACAUCAUGAUAUUUAAACUGUUGGGAAUCCUAGGAGGAAACGUCCUGUUGUCUGGGACCUGCAGAGUGCAGUCGAGAUCAGGGGCGGCUCAAGAGAAGUAUUGAUGGGGUGGCCAGAGACUUUUAAGUGUUAGCAGAAAAUAUUUGCUGAAUUAAUUGCUAACAUUAACAUAUAUCAAAAUCUGCUUGGAAAAGCCCCCAAAUGACGAUAUUUCACCUUAAAAAUAUUACAUUAUUGUGACACAGUAGUGUGUCAUUGAAUAGAAAGUGGCAUUAGAAAUCAAUAAAUUUGUACCCCAGGAAAAUACCAGUUUAACGGUGCAACACAAAAAUAGAGCCCAUGAUGUUUACAGCCAGUCAAAUUUGAUAUAAACAUGUUUAUAUGCUAUAAGGAUGUCACAGCUUUGGUCAAAAAGAAGGAGAAAGCUGUCAUAUUUCUUUUCAAGUUGUCAGAGUUCUGUAUCUGUAACGAGUUUACUGUUUGACUCAGUUCUCUGCACACUGGCCAUGUCACAUUGCUCCAUAGACUGUCUACUGAACCAGUAUUACUGUAUGAAUUUCCUGGCUUGCACAUAAACUGGAGUAAAGGCAGAAGAAGUAGCCUAGCAGCCACAGUCAAUAGAAUAAAUACAAUUAAAAACAGUAGCAGUAACAUUCCACCGGCUUCCACUGACUCCUCAGCUCAGCUCAGCUCAGCUUCGCUGCUGUGAUGAUGCACUGAUUACUCUACCAAAGAGGAAUCAAAAUAUCAUCAGAUGAUUCUGUCUCAACAUGAGAAGGCUGUGGAGCCUUGGGAUAGAUUUGUGACCACUUAUGGCAGUGACUAUCAACCCCUCAGUCAGUGCCACCUACAGGUCAACCAGCUGAAGCCCAGAACUGAAGCUAAAGCUGCUCCUGCAUGUAUCGACACACCUCAGACUAACUGUGAAACCUGGCCUAUAUUUCAUCAAUACUAUUACAAGACAACUAACAGCAUCUAUGGCUCGAGUGGCUGGUUACAGCCUCCCUCUUGUUCCCUCUUCCCUGCCAUCUUGACUCCAUUUGGCACCCUCGCGCCUUCCUUUUCCGAGGCGUCGGGGGUUGUUGGCUCCGCCCUGACGGAGGGCAGGACACAGGAAGUGGGGGUUCCCAGUGAAACUAGGCCUUUACUUGGUGAAGAGGAGAAAGGUCAGCUGUACUAUGUUUUUGGUGGAAAGGUAAAUGUGUUGGAGCAGCAGGAGACAAAGGAGCCACAGCCAAAGUUUGGUGUUCUCUACGAGGAAGGUAUGAUUUUGUUGACAUCUCAUGUCAGUCCGGCCUGCUAUGAAGACUUACUUAGAUCUGUCUGCAGAGAAGCCAGGCUGCAGCACCUGCUCCACCUCCCUGUGGCCUUCAGUCCAAUUAUCACAAUCACAGAUGCUGAAAAUUGGGAUGACAGCGGCCACUUGAGGGGCUUUAGACCGGCUAUUGGUCUGAGAGACAGCGCCUUCCUUCAGCCUACUUCCAGGCAGUCCAGUUGCUAUGCAUGGAAAACUGAGUGCCCUAAUAGUUGCUUUAAGAUGCAGGCCAUCCCUCCUGGCAUCCCUAGUGGCAGCACGCUACCUCUGGCCCAUGUGCCGCCGACUGACUGCUGCACGGAGCCCAGCAGGAAUCCGUGGUUGACAGAGUACCAAGCCAGCUACAGUGCUGAGUGGGGCAAGCCUAAGAUCCAGCAGAGUGACCUUCACCAUCAUCAUACUCUUCGUCACCAGAUACUUUAUCCUUCUCUCUGAAUCUUAACUUUUGUCUCAAUACACAACAAAUUAAAACAAACAUUGUUUGUGUUUUGAUGAACCAGUUUAAAGCGCCGCAUGUCAGCAUUAAAUGAUAAAAUGUGCUGCUCCCCUUUCCAACUGCCCGCUCUCUUUAGGCCACAUAUUAAAAAUCCUUCCUAACUGACGCUGCGGUCAAGACUUGUGCCUGUGAUUCUCAGUUAUCCAGCCUCAGGAUACAGAAGCUCAGGAUGAGUCAUAACACAGCAGUAAACCAUGUGCUGGCAGGCACCCAAAGGAGACAGUGAAAUGUGUGUGCUUGUUGUGCAGCGGUGGAUAAGUACUUCACUUCUAUUUACUGAGUAAAAAUACCACAAUGUAGAAAUACUUUGUUACAAGUAAAAGUUCUGCUUUCAAAUAUGUACUCAAGUAAAAGUACAGAAGUGUUGCAGUAUGCAGAAUAGUCCCUUCCUGAGGGUUAUAUUAUUAUACUAUAUAUAUUCAUUAGUUAUUAGAUUAUUAAUAUUCAUGCAUUAAGGUGUACAUAUUUUAAUAUUGUUGCUAGUUUAGGUGGAGUUAAUGGUGACUGUAAAGGUUGUGUAGUUUCAUCUUAAUGCAUCAUAUUUCAUAGGUUGA